CAAACCCUUUUGCUGCAAGUCCGUCGCACCCGAACCUCGAGCUACUCUCCCAAAAUGGUGCAGCGGCUGACCUACCGUUCCCGCCACAGCUACGCCACCAAGUCCAACCAGCACCGCAUCGUCAAAACCCCCGGUGGGAAGCUGGUGUAUCAGACUACUAAGAAGAGAGCCAGUGGACCGAAAUGCCCUGUGACCGGCAAGAGAAUCCAAGGGAUUCCUCAUUUGAGACCUGCUGAGUACAAGAGGUCCAGAUUGUCCAGGAACCGCAGGACUGUGAACCGGGCUUAUGGUGGUGUCUUGUCUGGAGGUGCUGUCAGGGAGAGGAUUAUUCGAGCUUUCCUGGUAGAAGAGCAAAAGAUUGUGAAGAAGGUUUUGAAGAUCCAGAAGGCCAAGGAAAGGCAGGCAGCCAAGAGCUAAAUGAUGCUGCCAAUGAAGCAAAAGCCUUUUGAAUUAUAAGAUAAUGGUUGAGCAAAGAUUUUGACUUAGGUUGUGUUGAUGAACGAUUUCCAGCUAAAUUGGAAUGCUUUAUUGUUAUUCACUACUUUGAUUACUUGGGUAUUUCAUUUCAAUGACAAGUGUUUCUAUUUCGUGAUUAA